AGUCCGCCCUCUGGGGGACCAAAAGCGCCACCCAACGCUCUGCAACAACCUAGUGGUAACCCUCUACCAUCUCCUCCCAGCUCCGCCUCUCCGCCCGAAUUCCAGUCGGCGGGCGCGUCUGAAGCUCUGCUCUGUCGUUCGCAAUUCGUCAUAGCCGGCUGCGAAACACCGUCAUGUCCGCCAGCUCGAACCCACCGGCCGCCGCCCCCAAGUCAGCCAACACAGCGGCCCAGCUCUCCCCGGUACAGUCGCAAGGGAGCCCCUCCGGCUCUGCCGACAAUUACGGUCAACGCCGCAGUGGCGGUUCUGGCAGCUUUGGUGCGGGGGCGGCGUCGCGAGCUUACCCCUCGCCACGGAAUAACCAGGCCUCGAAGAAAAAGCACAAGGGCGUCAGAAAAUACGGGGCUGCGGACGAAGAUGCAAUUGCGGAGGCCGUCGCCAUGCGCUCCACUAACAGCCGGAAGGGUCAGACUUCCAUUACUCACCUGAUGAACUUCAGCCUGCCGCCUCGCCCUCAAUCCCAUGGACACGGCUCGGGCCGGAGCUACCGGAGAAAUCCCACUUGGGGCUUGGGGUCUGGCUAUCAUGCAAUCGACAAAGCGAGAUAUGUCCAUGCGAAUUACCGGUUUAUCGUUGAUCCUCGCGCCGACUACCAAGCGCAGAGCGCCGACGCCGACGUCCACUUGGAUUGGAACAACGUCCUGCAGAUUCUAGCUUCUGCCCAAUCACAGUCCGCUUCAUGUCCGAUAUGUCUUGGGACUCCGGUUGCGCCCCGAAUGGCCAGAUGUGGCCAUAUUUUCUGUUUGCCGUGUCUGCUUCGCUUUAUGCAAUCUGAAAGCGAGCCUCCCAAGGUGCCGGAGAAGAAAGCAAGGUUUAAAAAAUGUCCGAUUUGUGAGGACAACAUCUACACAUCUGAAACAAGGCCGGUUAGAUGGUUCAUGGGGCAAGAGGGCGAGCCACCAAGGGAAGGCGGAGACGUCGUCCUUCGGCUCGUCACACGCCCAGCCGGCAGCACAUUGGCUUUGCCCAAAGACGGCGCUGAUGCUCUGGGCAGAGAUGGAGAUAUUCCUUGGUACCUGGCGGCUGAAGUCAUGGAUUACGCGCGCGUCAUGAAGGGCAGUGAGGACUACAUGCUCGAGCAAUUGGAAAAUGACAUUCAGGAAGUGGAUAGGCAGGGCAAGGAGGACGAGCUGAUGUUCGGAGAGGACAAUGCUGAGUGGACCCGCAAAGCCAUAAAAAUGAUUCGCGAAGCCAAAGAGAAGGUCAAAGGCAUCGGCAACCCUCCCCCGGUAACGAAACCACUCGAUGGGAAGUCAAAGAAGCCUGACGUUGUGGAAGAGUCUGGUCAGGCGGCGGCCGAAGCGGACACUAACCAAACUGACAAUACCACCUCGAGCGCCCCUGCAUUGGAGCCUAUUCAAACCUCGGAACAGGCUGAUGGGCUUCCUGCUGAAAUGCAGCAACCGGCGCUAAGCAAUUUGUCAACUUCCAUUGCCGAGUUCCGGAGCAAACAGCAUGAACAUCAAACGCCAUCGGAAUAUUUCUUCUAUCAAGCACUUCUCCAUUAUUACCUUUCGCCUUUGGACAUCCGCAUUCUAAAGGCAGCUUUCGGUAGUUUUGCCUCAUUCCCUUCGACGAUUCUUCCGAGAGUAGAGCGGGUCUCGACUGGUCAUGUUGUUGAUGAUGAAUUGCGAAAGCGUACCAAAUACCUGGCACAUCUGCCAUACGGAUGCGAAAUUGGCUUUCUUGAAUGCGAUUGGACCGACACCGUAACACCGGAGAUCUUAGAGACAUUCAAACCAGAAAUCGAGCGCAGGCGUAAGAGGAAUCAAGACAAGGAGGCUAGAGAGGAGAAGGCACGAAUCAGAGCCGAGAAGGAGGAAGACCAGAAGGUAUAUGCUCAGGCACGGCGGAAGAGGCCGAGCAUCUCAAUCAACCGAUUUCACGCCGAUGAGUUCCAGCCGUUAGCACCUCCGGAGUCCGCCGAAAAUGCGGACUCCCUAGAUGCCGACCACGCUUCAACGUCGCCUCCUUAUCCUCGGAGACAGGGCUCUGCUUUCGCCUCUCUUGCGUCACCGUCGACGAGUCCAAAUGCUCCUCGGACGGUAUGGGGGACUACAGCCAUCCACUCUACGUCGCCUCCGUUACUUGCCCAGGACCAUGGUCCUGCCGAUGAUGGAUGGCUGCAGGGCUGGGAGAAAGAUCUUUUGGGAGAGGAAGAAUUGAUGGCGCAGGUGCAGGCCAUGUCUCUCGGGAAUGGAGAAGGCUCCUCCAGCGCAGCGGCGAGCGGAGCAGCGAGUGGAGGAGGAGGAGGAAGUGGAGGCGGCGCCAAGAAGAAAAAGAAGAAGAUCACCUUGAUGAGCACUACAGCACGUAGGGGAGCGUGAUAUAUAUCGGGGUUGUGAUUGGCUGGCGCAUCUGGAAGUACCUGCAGGAUUGGGACAGGGGUCGGCAUGCUUUGCUUAUACUCGUAGUGAACAACGGCAUUGAUGCGCAAGGCGCGAUUUGAAUAGCGUACUGAGCGGUGUACUUUGUCUUUCGUCGCACGGAAGUGUUCAGUCAAACAAAGGUGGUCGGGU